AGACGAAGAAGGCGAGUUCUGUCCAGUGUGGUUCAAGGCUUGGCUGGUCCAAGCCAUCGGGGCCUUGGCCGCCUAUCAUUCACGAUGAAUACACUGACUUACCAGCUUGUGUUACUACUAUUACUUUCUCUCUUCAUAUUCGCCGCUGGGCUGGCCAUUCCUGACCAGCUCGCGGAUCAACUCGCGCUGGCCGGCCCAAAAGCUGGAGGGCCCCCCGCCCUGUCCAACAGCACGUUUGCUUACCUCGCUGCCCCGCCCACGGAGGAGUGGUCCUGGAUCGGCGACGGGCCGCGGACCAGCGGCGGUGCCGGGCUGUACCCAGAGCACUGGCUCGGCCCCCUGAGGAGACCAGACCACGACCUGGCCCUGAUCGGGGGGCGCCCCCUGGCCACGAAAGCCGAGGAUCGAUGCCGAGCACUACCGGGCGCAGAGUACUGAGGAUAGCGGCGUCGGUAGGCACCAGCGCUGGACGCUGGGGCUGUGGGUGGGCGGCGCGGCGUUGGUCCUCGUCGUCGCCCUGGGGCACUCGGCGCUGUGCUGCACUCUGGGUUGGCGCCGCGAGGAGCGCUCUGUCUCGGCCGGCGAGCACGGCGGGGCCAGGAAGGCCGAGGCUGGCUCGUCCAAGGACAAGAUCACCAAGCUCGCGUCGUACCACUCCUGGAUGCCCAGACCCGGCAUGCCAGGCUCCUCCGUGCCGGGCUCGGCCGGCAGCCUGGCGAGCAGCGGCCUCCUCUCCACGAGCGUGAGGAGCCGAGUCCGACGCGUCGCUGCUGAGGGGGGCCCGAACGGACACCACGCUCUGCCCACAGCUGGUGGUGCCGAAGAACUGCACGCUGCAGUGCGCGCUCCCGAGGACCGGAUCGUGUGCCACAAGAGGCAGAACGUGGUCGUGAGCAUCAAGAGCCUGGCGGUUCCUGUCGAGACGGCGCUGUUCCAGGCCCGCGUGGCGGAGGGCGACUCGACGAAGCUCUCGGGUGCGGGCAUCCACCUGGAGAUGCUCGGCGGCGAGGACGAGUUCGCCUUCCUGUCGACGGAUGACGUCUGGGCCAGCCGGGGGGCGCGCCAGCCCGAGAUGGAGAUCAGGAAGGUGUCUGGGGAGAAGUAUGCGACCAUCAGGAAUCGGGGACCGACAACACGACUUACAUCAUGGCGCGGGGGGCAGAUACGCUGAUGGUCUUCAGCGGCCGCUUCUCGAGGCACGAGCUGCAAGUGUGCUGCGCCGCGGGCCAGAUGGUGGCCACGGUGACCCCGAGCAGCUCUAAGGCCAUGUACGAGGUGGUUGUUUACACCAACGCAGACGCAGGGCUGAUCAUUCUCGGCUUGCUCGCGAUCGACAAGGUGGAGGUCGCGCCCACGUAGGAAACUUCUACGUGCGAAUUAGCUAUCCUUCUGGUCGGGCCCCGCCAUAGAGCCGAAGCAGCCAAGCGAAGGCGAAGGCAAAUGCUGCCAGGAUGCUGGAUGCCCAUGGCGCGGCUGGCCUGGGCGAGAACUGGAUACACUCUCGGGCGCUGGGCCGCUCUAUGGCCGGGCAGACCAGGCGUCCGCAUGUGCAUCUGGAGCGUGGCCUCCGGAUGGUCCACGCGUGACUCCAGCCACGCGUGUGCUCUGGCCUCCUGGUGGGCAAAGGCAUGGGCCAGGUGUGCGUGCCGUUUGUCCGCUCGCCUCCCUGCGAGCUGCUCGGUGCCCACGGGUUGAACAAGGCACGAGACUGGUGUCACCGACGCGCUCGUCUAUGGUCCGGGGUGCCGACCGAGAAUUCGCCUGAGCACUUCCAGGAGCGUGGCGAGUCCUGGGCGGGCGUGUGCCCGGCGCAGCGAUUGGGCGUGUUCUGAGCCCAUACCCUCAACCUGCGCGAGGGCAGGCCCCCGUGGCAGCAACCGUGCGCCGUACAGAAAAUCGCGCCAGGCAUUCGGGCCGUUCCCCCUCGUUGCCCACUUCCUCUCGGGGGAAGGCCUUUGUGGGCUUCUUGGCUUCUAUGCCUCUAGGCUUCCUUCCCUCUCACAACCUGGGCGCCUCUAAGGUGCAGCGGGUGGUAUCUCACAGCCUUUCGCUGCAGUGCGGCAGGCGGGGUCUUACGGCCGUGCGCUGCGUUGCAGCAGGUGGUUCUCACGGCCGUGCGCUGCGUAGCAGCAGGCGGUUCCUCCUUUUCUCCUGCCGGUUGGUUGGUUGAUUGGCGUGCCCUGGGCCACGCGCUCCGCUGCGCCGUUCCUGGGAUGCUGGAGCGGCGGCGGCGUCGCAGGGAAGGCUGCGCGGGUCCAGCGCCCAUCGCCGUUCCCAGGCCGUGCGCUGCAGGGCGAGGUCCACGCUCGAAUCGGGCUCGCAACCCACCCAUUCCCACCCCUGUGGCUGCGCAUUUGUUGGGCGGCGCCUUGGCCAGGUUGGGCCCUGGUGGAUUUCCAGUCUGGCCCAACCUGGCGGCGCCAAAUAUUUCAGCUCGCCCAUUGUCGGCGCGAAGGCGUCGCCCAACUUCACGGUCGCAUGACCGAACGCAGAAGAUGUUUCUCUUCCC